AUGGGCAUUUUCUACGAAUCCCUCUCCGACAACCUCCGUGACUGGGCCCUCCGCCAACCUCUCUUUUUCAUCUCAUCUGCCCCCUGCCGAGGUCGUCAUAUUAAUGUAUCCCCUAAAGGCCUCCCCGACUCAUCCUUUGCCGUCCUGAGCCCCAACAAAGUAGCAUAUGUCGACUCAACCGGAUCCGGAUGUGAGACUAUCUGCCACCUUCGCGAGAAUGGACGGGCAACCGUAAUGUUCUGCUCAUUCGAUGCUACCCCGCGAAUCAUGCGACUUUUCUGCACGGGCUCGGUCAUUGAAUGGAAUGAUCCGAGGUAUACUGGAUACGUCAAGCGAAUGGGCGUGAAGUCUCUAGUCGGAGCAAGGGCAGUUAUUAUUUUAGAUAUCUUCAAGGUUCAACUAUCCUGUGGCUUUGGAGUCCCGCUGCUCGACCUCACUGUCGAUCCAGAAACAAAUCAACCGAGGCCUUGUUUCACAAACCGCCCAAGGCUGGUCAAGUUUGCUGAAUACACGGUUAAUCGAGGGGAGCUGCCUGGGUACCAGAUGCAAUACAACAGUAGGAGCCUUGAUGGACUGCCCGGUCUUCACUCGGCAAUGAGGGACAAGGGCGAGUCUAUAUGGUGGGCUCGGGUGACAAACUGGGCCAGUUACUAUCACUUCCAACUUGAUAUAAUUAAAACCGGAAUGGCGUUCAUGUUUUUAGUCAUGGUAGUCGCACAGUGGGUAGGAUAUGUGCAGUACCAACGCUAG